AUGGCGUUCUUUCCACGUUCUAAACUUAUAAACACCUUAUCUUCCAACUUGAAAUGCUAUUUGUCCACCUAUAAAAGAAGAAACACCGGAUUUCGAACGUUCGCGUCUUUAAAUACACCUAUUGAUACUUCGCCAUCACAAAAUCUAAUCGAGAAAAUAGUUCAAAAAUAUGCAGUCGGAUUACCCCCGGGACAUAAAGUAAGAAGUGGAGAAUUUGUAACGAUACAACCUGAGCAUGUUAUGACGCACGAUAAUACCGCGGCUGUAAUGACCAAGUUUAAAAGUAUCGGUGUACAAAAAUUCAAGUUUCCUCAGCAAGCGGUAUUUACGCUCGACCAUGAUGUACAAAACAAAUCGGAUAAGAAUCUCAAAAAAUACUUUUCUAUCCAAGAAUUCGCCAAGCAACACAACGUAGAUUUCUAUCCUGCCGGUCGCGGAAUCGGCCACCAAAUACUAAUAGAAGAGGGAUACGCAUUUCCAUACACACUAACGGUCGCCUCUGAUUCACAUUCAAACAUGUACGGAGGUGUAGGAUGUCUUGGUACACCGAUUGUACGCACAGAUGCUGCUGCAAUUUGGGCAACUGGGAAAACAUGGUGGCAAAUACCACCAGUGGUAAAAGUUGAACUAAAAGGACAGUUGCAAAAAGGUGCUACCGGCAAAGAUGUUAUUGUCACGUUGUGUGGACUAUUUAAUAAUGAUGAAGUGUUGAAUUGUGCGAUAGAGUUUACUGGGGAUGAAGGGAUUCGGUCACUUAGUUUAGAGGAUCGGUUGACAAUUGCGAAUAUGACUACAGAAUGGGGUGCACUUGCCGGUGUAUUUCCUGUUGAUGAGAUAACUAUUCAAUGGCUUAGACAACGCGUCGCCAAAUUAGAGUUAACUAAAUUCGAGAACGAGAAUUUACUUAAACAUCCCAGUAAUGGUCAACAAUUUAAACAUCCACGUAUUAAUCACGAGAGAAUUGAUGCUAUUGAACGAGAUCCCAUAAAAGCAUCGCCGAAUGCAUAUUAUGCAAAAUAUCUAACACUAGACUUAUCAACACUCUCUCCACACGUCUCCGGCCCAAAUUCCGUAAAAAUUUCUACGCCACUCUCAGAACUCGAAAAGAGAAACAUUGCAAUUAAUAAAGCGUAUCUUUUAUCGUGUGUCAAUUCGCGUGCUACUGAUUUACAUGCCGCUGCACAAGUUAUUCAGGGUAAGAAGGUGGCUGAAGGUGUAAAGUUUUAUGUCGCGGCUGCUAGUAGUGAAGUGCAAAAAGAUGCGGAAAAUAGUGGGGAUUGGCAGAUAUUAUUGGAUGCUGGAGCAAAAGUGUUACCCGCUGGUUGUGGUCCUUGCAUAGGUCUUGGUGUUGGUCUACUAGAAGACGGUGAAGUUGGAAUAUCAGCCACUAAUAGGAAUUAUAAAGGUCGAAUGGGAUCACCAAAUGCACAAACUUAUUUAGCAUCACCAGAGGUAGUUGCUGCAUCUGCUAUUGCUGGAAAAAUAGCAAGUCCUUCUCUGGUUUCGUCCUCAGCCAUGACUCUCUCAUCAUUCAAUUCACACCCACCAAAGAUCUCAAUAACAAUCAACCCCGAAAUUGCAUCAAUAACUUCACCUGUGACACACGCUCAAGAAUCAGCCACACAAACACUAUCGAAUUUCCCGGAAUCUAUUCAUGGUGAACUCUUAUUUUGUCAUGCAGACAAUAUGAAUACCGAUGCGAUAUAUCCAGGAAAGUACACGUAUAUGGAUGAUUUACCAUUGGAAUAUAUGGCAAAAGUUGCAAUGGAAAAUUACGAUCCAAAUUUUCAGAAAAUCGCAAAAUCGGGUGACAUCCUAGUAGGUGGCUUUAAUUUUGGCACAGGCUCCUCACGAGAACAAGCGGCCACUGCCAUCAAAGCCAAAGGUAUACAAUUGCUAAUUGCCGGAUCAUUAUCCGAAACAUUCAAACGCAACGGUAUAAACAACGCGCUGUUACUACUAGAAGUCCCUGAUCUCGUCAACGACCUAAAAAAGAUUAUUGGAACGCGCACACUAUGUCAAAGAACUAACUGGCACGCCAAGGUUCUAUUGACAAAAGGAAUUGUGAUCGUGGAUAGUGCUGAUGAUGGAGAGAAAGUUUAUCGAGUUAAAGGUGGUUCAGGAUUGGGUAGUAGUGUACAAGAGUUGUGGGUGGCUGAUGGACUUGAAAAUUGGAUUAGACAGAGUAUUGUUAAAAAUGUUUAA